ACUCUCGCUUUUGGUGGGGUGCCCUAGUCUCUUCAUUCUUCGUCGUGUUUUGCCAUUCAACUGGUGUAUUUUAUAGUGUAGUGAUUUCUUCAUUUUUUAGUACCAUCAUGGGCGCUAGAACCUUGCAAGCGUUUGCUUUCCUUCUAAUCAUCAGCUCAGCCUUGGCUUUGACCUGCUACAAAUGCGACUCCAGCGAGAGCAAAUUCUGCAAUUACGGCCUCGCGAGUUUCACCUACAAUUCCGUGAAUUGCGACGACGAAUCUGGAAUUCUCUCCGGGUGGAUCCCCAAGGAAUGCGUCAAACUCGUUGCUAAAGCCAAAGACGGGAGUGAAUACGUGGCUAGAGGAUGCAUGCCCAACCUGGGGGGCGCCUGCAGGGCCGUCGCUAAAACUCUAAGUUUUUUCUCAAAUAUCGAUGGGGAUAUUGAAGAUAUGGAUUGCUUCACUUGUAACAGCGAUAAGUGUAACUCCGCAACGAAAUUCACUGGAUAUACUUUCGUGGGGGUUGUCCUAGCUGCUGUGCUUUUCAUGUUGUAAAGUAACGUUGUGAUUGUAAUUUAGUUACCAACUUUACAUAUAUAAAAAUGUAUGUUACUAUGUUGCUCAUAAGUGGACUAUUUUUCUAUGAAAUACUUGAAACUUUUCAGAUUUGUUGAUUAUACUAUAUACUCCUCUAAAUACUAUAUAUUUUGUAGUGGACGCUUUUGAUGUCACAAAGUGUAGAUUAGAGCUUUAGGUUGUAGUUUUUACAUUAUUUUUAAAAUAAAUUUUCUUUUUAUA